AUGCAUGAUCUCGUGCAUGAUUUUGCAAAAUCAGUUCUCAAUCCUAAAAGCAGCAGCCAGGAUCGCUACCUUGCAUUACACUCAUAUGAAGAAAUGGCAGAAAAUGUCAGAUGGAAUAAAGCGGCAUCAAUCCGCUCGUUAUUUCUCCAUUUAGGGGGUGGCAUAUCUGCUGACACGGACAUGUUAUCAGGAUUCAAGCACUUGCAUGUUCUCAAAUUGUCUGGAUAUGAUGUCAUGUUUCUGCCGAGCUCUAUUGGCAAAUUACUACGUCUGCGGUUGCUCGACAUUUCAUCUUCUGGUAUCACAAGUUUGCCGGAAUCUCUUUGCAAGCUAUAUAAUUUGCAGGCACUAACGAUUGAUGGUUAUGCACUUGAAGGAGGUUUUCCAAAACGGAUGAGCGAUUUGAUUAGCUUGCGACAUCUAAACUACUGGCAUGAUGAUGCAAAAUUUAAAAUGCCGGUGCAGAUGGGACGAUUGACUUGUCUUCAAACUCUAGAGUUCUUUAAUGUAAGUCAAGAGAAGGGUUGUGGCAUCGAAGAGCUUGGGACCUUGAAAUAUCUUAGAGGAUCAUUGGAGAUAAGAAAUCUUGGACUAGUAGAGGGCAAAGAAGCAGCUAAACAAGCAAAAUUGUUUGAAAAGCCAAAUCUGUCUAGCUUAAGGUUGGACUUUGAACGGAAAAGUGAUAACUGUGAUGAGGAUGUGUUGGAAGGUCUCCAACCUCACCCAAAUUUGCAAAAGUUGGAAAUUCGAUAUUGCAUGGGUAAUAAAAUUCCCCAAUGGCUUAUCAAUUUGCCAAAAUUGGUGGAGUUGCGGAUAGAAGAUUGCCAGAGAUGCAGUGAACUCCCGUCAUUAGGACAACUGCCAUCCCUCAAACGCCUCUAUUUGAGAAGCUUGGACAACAUCCGAUCUAUUGGAGAUGAAUUCUAUGGUAUUAAUACUAAUGAGGAGGAGGAGGAGGGCAGAUCACGAGCAUCAGGGAGCAGCACUAGAACACGAAAUUCUUUCCGGCCCUUGAAGAACUCUAUGUACGAGAUAUGA